UCUCUUCUUUUUUAUUUUCUCUCUUUAUCUCUUUCUGUUUAGUUCUCGAGGAACUAUGGAAAUUGGUAAGUGAGAAAGGAAAAAAAAACUUAGGCCUUUACGAGCUAAAUCCAAAUGCUCUUUCCCUUCUCUAUGUUUCUUAGAUAUCUAACCCUCAAUUACAGUUAACAGAGUUGACAAAUUUUAUAAUUCAAUUCUCAAUCUCAAUUUCAAUUUUAAUUUGUAUAAUACAUUUUGUGCAAAGUCAGGAACACGAGUUGGACAGUUUUUUCUUUGGAUGGCUAUGCAUUUUUUGUAGUGGGGUGAGCUUUUGCUUUUGUUUUUUUUUUCGUUUGCAAUUUUUCUUGUUUUGAAAUUGGAAAAGUCAGAAACACGAAUUGGACAAUUUCUCUUUUUUUUUUCUUCUGUAGUAUGGAUUUUGGAGUAUGGACAGAAAACAUCAGAAACACUUGCAACAAAUGGGACGAGGUUGCUCGCAGCACCACACAGGUCUUUCCCAGAGCUUGGACAACAAUUUUGAUUUCUCUAGACAAUAGUGGCAUGUGGAACCUUCGAACAGACAAUCUAAACUCGUGGUAUAUAGGCCAGGAAAUGUACAUUAGUGUCGUAAACUCUGAGGAUGACAAAUCCGAGGUUUCUUUGCCUGAAAAUGCCAUAUUUUGUGGUGUACUUUCAUCCCUACAGAAAGAUCAGGCUCAGAGAUUCAAGUUUUCUAGUGCACCAUCAACAAUAUCAUAUGCAAGAUGAGCAUUUUUGGUAAUGUUGAUUGUAGUUUCUGCAGAUUUUAUUGGGUAAUCGAGGAUGGAAAAGUUUUGUAUAAUUUAGUUAAGUACCCAAAUUAGUAGAAUGGUAAAGCCACAAGGGCUCUAAGGAACAGAAAGACAAUCACUUUUAUUUGAAAAUUUGUUUUGCAGAUAUAACUUUUUCAUCGAAGUCAUUUUUGCAAAUGACUCAAAUUAGGUGAUUUCAUGGUCAUGACUAAUUGUUGAUGAUGGUGGUGCCUGGAUUUAUUGAUUCCCAUGUGCACUUAAUUUCAGGUGGACUAUAGGUUAGCGGUGGACUAUAGGUUAGCUCUGCUCAACCUCCAUUUUAAUUGAAUUUUGUUCCAAACUCUGUGCAUAUAUACACGCACAUUAUUCCUUCUAUUUUGAGUUAUUUCUACAAUUUAUGUACCAAGGACUUGUGUUCCUACCUAAACAUCUUUAAAAAAUUCCUCCUUGCUUCCCAUUCUAGUUGGUAUAUUUCUGCUUUGAUUUUCUAGUUGGGAAUUGAGAUCUCUUACUUUCAUUAUUUAUGGAAAUCCCAUGCUUUUUGUAUAGAGAAGCAAUGCUAAUAUAUAUGUUUUUGCCUUGCUUUUUAACCUGUUUAUGCUUUAGCCAGCCAUGGGUAAUGUUUCAUGAGCAAUUUUUGUCCCAAAUAUAUGCGAUAUAUUAGCAAGAUAAUUAUAUGAUGUUGCAUGUUGGUUGGUAAUUAACUUAUAUGGGUUUAGAAGCUAUUUGCACUACAUAUUGGAGCUUACUGACUUUAUUUUGCUCACAGAGAUGACUCUCUAGUCACUGAAGUGGAGCCUUAUAUUCCUUUUAAUAUCAAUCCAGCAGGAAUGCAACCUGUUCUUACCACUAAUUAUCUGUUGGCUGUCCCCAGCAUUCUUGCAAGGUUCUAUUAACUUUUG